AUGUCCUCGGACACCACCAUGUCAGAUUCAGACCUUGACAAGAAGAUGGUGUAUCUUGCUUAUCGCGAUAUUUUCAAAGAUAAACUCGCAAAGCUGAGGAAGCGGAAUAAGGUACGCAAUGUGGUGGAGAAGCACAAAGAUCACCUCCACCAUAAGCAACUCGCCGAUUCAAUGGAUUUGGAGAAAACCUGCAGGAUUUUGGGAGAUCUUCUAGCAGCGCGUUUAUUCGAAUCAGAUUCAGCAGCUGAAGCUACUUUCCCAACACUCUUCUCUCCCAGGGAGCUGGGAUACGAUACGGCCUUGAUUGUGAAGUGCGUGGAGAACAGUGUCGAGGGCAGCUGUGGAAGGAGAGAUAGAACAAACCCCGACGCCCCUCCUUUCCUGGAGAUCCUCCGUUCUCCCGAUACUCGUAUGCCAAAUGGCGCUUCCCCAGAGAGUGCUCCGACGGUUAGACAGCAUCGCAUUGACAGAAAGUCGGGGCGCAUUAGAAAGCCUACUCGAGCCACGACAAAACCUACAGGGCCCAUACUUCAAGUUGGAGAGGGAAAGGAGGCUGCGCCCAAGGAAGUCUUCCGCGAAGGCAGAGAGAAGGGCAAAAAGGGCCUGAAGCGUACACGUGACUCCGACAUCAUACCGACAAAUCCCACAUAUCUCCCUUUCAGACUUCAGCAUUUGAUCCUUACCCAAACUCAACGACUGCUCGAAGAAUGCUGCUAUAACUUCGCUAAAAAGUGGUUUCCGUCCAUGUUGGAAGCCAAUGGCUGGGAUGCACCCGAGGCGGUCGAACUGACUAGGUGGUGGAAGUCUCGAAAUCGUGCUAUAUCUAUCCGGAACUGCGCUGUUCAUCGUCGCCCACGGAUUCCUGUCAAGAGAGUAGGAGAAAUGGUUCGAGACGCCUGGUUGCUUUCUCAAGCACUGCAGGACGAUUUGCGAGCUGCACAGCUCCUACACUGGCACAAGGAGUUGGAAACCCUCGUCGCGCACUUGCAAUUAAGAAUAAACUCCCAGAGGGAGGCGGUAGAAGCUGAGCUCCGAAAUAUACACAAUGCCAAGGUUGAAAUGGAGGAGAGGCUGGCUGAACUAGAGUCAAGAGCAAGCCAGUUGACUCAGUCUUUAGAAGCGGAGGGCAGAACCCACCGACCAAUUGAUACCGAGGCAUUGCGGUCCCUAGAAGAGGCACUCCGUAGGCCAGCUGUCGCCAAACCUCUACCUAUCACUGCGCAGGAUCAAGUUAGGCAGUGGAUAGAGAAUAGCGUGGGCAUGAUAAUUAAUCGGAAGCACGCUGGAGCUACCAAAAGGCUGGCCAUUAAAGUUAAACCUCCGGGCCCAGAUUCUCGAGAUCAGCCGUUGCUACAUGCUCCAGUUUUGGCUACUAAUGCGCUUUAUGAUUCUUACGAGAGCUCUUACGGAUAUAUGGGCGUUCGGGAUACCUUUCACAAACGUCAAAAAUGUGCCAGAGAGGCGGAUGAGACCGAGCAAGAGACAUUUCAAGGAUCAGCUCAGGACUCUCAUGUCACCUCUAUAUCGAUGACGCUUCGGCGUACUGCCGUUCAAGCACAAGAGAGCUUCAGGUUAACACCUUUCAUGCGGACAGGGGCUACGAAUGAAACCGCUAGGCAUGUGCGACCUUCGGCAGGGCAACUUCACCCUUCGACACAGCAUCCUCUAUAUCCAGUCUCUAUAGAUGAUGACAAAAGCACGGACUAUGGCUCCGUGCCUGCGGAUUACGAGUGGGAAUAG